GCAGAGACGCUCCUUCUCUGUCGCUGUGUGGGAGUAGGCCGCGGAGCCUUCCUUGUCGUAGUCUUCGGUGUUUCGGGCUCUCCUCGCGAUGGCGGACGUCUUGGACCUCCACGAGGCCGGCGGAGAGGACUUCGCCAUGGACGAGGACGGCGACGAAAGCAUCCACAAACUGAAGGAAAAAGCAAAGAAAAGGAAAGGCCGAGGCUUCGGAUCAGAGGAAGGCUCCCGGGCCCGGGUUCGAGAGGACUACGACAGCGUGGAACAAGAUGGCGACGAGCCGGGGCCACAGAGAUCGGUGGAAGGCUGGAUCCUCUUUGUGACGGGGGUCCACGAGGAGGCCACCGAGGAGGACAUCCACGACAAGUUUGCCGAGUUCGGGGAGAUCAAGAACCUCCACCUCAACCUGGACCGCCGGACGGGGUACCUGAAGGGUUACACGCUGGUGGAAUACGAGACGUACAAAGAAGCACAGGCGGCCAUGGAGGGGCUGAACGGGCAGGACCUGAUGGGGCAGCCCAUCAGCGUGGACUGGUGCUUCGUCCGGGGACCCCCCAAAGGGAAGCGCAGAGGCGGCCGCAGACGGAGCCGGAGCCCCGACCGGAGAAGACGCUGACCUUCCCGUUGAAAUCCCACACGGCGGUUGUUUCGUAUUUGUUAUUGUUGUGUUGUUUUGUAUCCCACGUCUUCUGGAUCUUUGAUGAUGGAAUAAAGGCGCAAUGGGUUUGUUUUGGUUUGAA